UUGUCAAAGCUCAUUAUGCUCAGGAAGAGAGAAAGAGAGAGAGAGAGAGAGAGAGGGUGAAGGAGGAAGGAGAUGGAAGUGAGAGAAUCGUGCAGAGCUCAGCGUCGGUUAGGGUUCUUCUCCUCCUUCUUCGUCGUCGCGGCUCUGGUUUCGAUCUCUGCCAUUGACGCUUCCGUCCAUGACUACUUCAACGAGGCCUUCACCUCCCGCUCCAACGCCUUCUUCUUCCACGGCGGCAACGAGGGCCUCCACGCCCCCCGCUCCGUGAUCCCGCCUUCCUCCUCCAUGACAUUUCCCAAUAUCACGACCGGCCCCAAGGGGAAGUCCUUCAUCAGUUUGUACGUAUAUCCACGAAAGAAUGCAAUCGAAGUCCUUUGGAUGAAAUGUUUGGAGUCGGCCGCGGGUUCGCCAUCCAUUGGUGAGGUGAGCUCACCACUGGCCAGCAACUAGUCCUCCCCUUUGGCUGGUCGCUGGAGCA